CGGAGGAUUGGGGCCGAGUGCCCACUCGCCCACACAGUCGGUCGCAACCGGCUGCGUCUCCGCGGCUCGCUCGGCCCAGCUGCGCCCAGCCCGCAGGUAGGAGCCGCCGGCUUACCGAUCCCCGGCCCCACCCACGCGUGCGCCCGGAUCCCUCGCCCACCUCGAGGGCUCGCUCAACAUCACCAUGAGUGAGGCAUUUGACUGUGCAAAGUGCAGUGAGUCCCUGUAUGGCCGCAAAUACAUCCAGACAGAUAGUGGCCCCUACUGUGUGCCCUGCUACGACAACACCUUCGCCAACACCUGUGCUGAGUGCCAGCAGCUUAUUGGGCAUGACUCAAGGGAACUGUUCUAUGAGGACCGCCACUUCCAUGAGGGCUGUUUCCGCUGCUGCCGCUGCCAGCGCUCCCUCGCCGAUGAACCCUUCACCUGCCAGGACAGCGAGCUGCUCUGCAAUGACUGCUACUGCAGUGCCUUCUCUUCACAGUGCUCUGCCUGUGGGGAGACUGUCAUGCCUGGGUCUCGGAAGCUGGAAUAUGGAGGCCAGACAUGGCACGAGCACUGCUUUCUGUGCAGUGGCUGUGAACAGCCACUGGGCUCCCGUUCCUUUGUGCCUGACAAGGGUGCUCACUACUGUGUGCCUUGCUAUGAGAACAAGUUUGCUCCUCGCUGUGCCCGCUGUAGCAAGACGCUGACCCAGGGUGGAGUGACAUAUCGUGAUCAGCCCUGGCAUCGAGAAUGUCUGGUCUGCACUGGGUGCCAGACACCCCUGGCAGGGCAGCAGUUCACAUCUCGGGAUGAUGAUCCCUACUGUGUGGCCUGUUUUGGAGAACUCUUUGCACCCAAGUGCAGCAGCUGCAAGCGCCCCAUCACCGGUGGGACCAGUGGGGAGGGUGCAGGUGGAGGCAAGUAUGUGUCCUUCGAAGACCGACACUGGCACCACAGCUGCUUCUCCUGUGCCCGCUGCUCCACCUCCCUGGUGGGCCAAGGGUUCGUACCGGAUGGAGACCAGGUGCUGUGCCAAAGCUGCAGCCAGGCAGGGCCCUGAGCAAGGUUCCUGGGUCUCUGAUUUUCUAAACCAGGGCUUCAGGACUAUGGCUCCUUUUCUGAAACACCUUUGGGACCCAGCCCCUCCCUAGAAUGGGGCUCCCCCUGGCCUCCAGGAUUCAGUCUCCCAACUCCAACAUGCCCAACUGGCACUCUCUAACCAGACCCCCAAACUGGACUCUUGUAGAACUUCCAUGACUUAAGCCCUCACUCCAGUCUGGAUUCCAGAAAUGAGUCCUCCCUUCUAUAGGUCCCAGACCAAGCUCAAACUCUCUCCCCAGAUUAAGGCUAUAGAUUCCUCCCUGCCCCUAAGCCCUCCAAAACCUGGAUUAUGGGACCCAGACCCCCUUAAAUCUGGGCUUUCUGCAUAGAUUUUUAGGUCUCCUGUGGGUCCCUGAGAAGCCCUCAAAAGUAGACUGUACCCAGGUUUGACCUUACCCCCUUCCCACCUCUGUACCCUGGGCUGGGGCUGUCUGGGUAGCAGAUCAGGGACUCACUUGGUAGAGGGUCCUAAGGUACAGAGUACUGUCCAGCCUAUGGGUAUCAUUUUAUUUCAGCUCAACUUUACCCAGAGGUAGGCAGAGGUGGGCGAGGGAAGUUGGCUCACACACCCCCACCUUCCAGAUUCUACAAUAAAGCCCUGUGAGGAAGCA